AAAAGACAUGAGAUCCAUUUUGCUGACUUUCUGCCUUAUGGGGCUGACUAUGGCCCACCCCCAGGGUUAUAACUAUCCAAAACAAACCAGUGGCGGUGCAUUCCAGUCAGAAAUCAAAGGGGAAGAGGGUUAUUCCAAGGAGACCCCCAGCGGUCCCGUUUUCGACAACGAAAUCAAAUCCCCUGUUGUGGCCCCUGCUGAAGAAGCCACCUCCGCUUCACUUCCUGUACAGAUUUUCAAGCACGUUUACGUCCACGUGGCCCCCGACGAACCCGAGCAAAUCCAACCGAAAGUGAAAGUAACUCCAGUAGCCCCCCAGAAGCAUUACAAGAUUAUUUUCGUUAAAGCCCCAGACCCACCGACCUAUGUAGCCCCAGUAAUCCCCUCCCAAGUCCAAGACGAAGAAAAAACCCUUGUGUACGUGUUGGUGAGGAGGCCCGACGCCGCUGACGACAUCGUAGUCCCGACCCCGGCUCCAACUAAACCAAGCAAGCCGGAAGUGUUCUUCAUCAAAUACAAAACCCAGAAGGAAGAGAAGCAGGAGGUGGUGAAUACUGAAGCGCCAAAGGUAGAAAAACCGGUGACGGAUUCGUACAAAGGUAGCUUAUCAAGCGGCCCUGCAAGAGGAGCCGCCAAAUAUGGACCACCAAGUAGAAAGUACUUGCCACAAAAGAAAAGGUACUGAGAAUUCCAAUCCACCGCAAAUGGUCGCCAAGUGUAC